AUGCAAGAAGAAGCACUGAAUGCGAUACUCUUAAGCAGAACAAAUAAGAAAGAGCUUGCAAGGAUAAAGUCCCAGAUUUUAAUAAAAGAGAACCAGAUAAAGGAAUUGGCAGCUGAAAUGGAAAAAGACCCGAAUUCAGUAGAACUCUCGUUGUGUUAUUUAUUCCUAAAGAGAGAGACAGAAAGGCUUGUGAGAAUUAUAAAAAUAAAAGAAUUAGAAAGAAAUAGACUACUUGAGUCAUAUGUACACGAGGAUGCAGCGGGAGUAGCAGAUAAGGCAGAGUUGAGUGGUGGCGGGGAUAUUUAUCUUAAAAAGUUCAAAGAAAUAACAAACAACUACUACAGCAACUUCCCAUUCAUAAAUUUUAUGCACCGAGAUGUGCCGAUAGAGUACUACGUGCAUGUACUAGCAAAGAAAGAGUGCGGUGUAAUAGAAAUGGGUGGCAAUCUAAUAGAAACAAAAAAGGGGUCUUUAUACUUUAUAAGGAAGAGAGAGGUGGAAUAUCUUUUAAAUAACGGGUCUAUGGAGGUGGUAAAAAAAUAA